UAGCGAGGGAGCGGUUGACAGCUGCUGGUCGUAUGAAGUGGUUCGCCAGCAAAACAACAAUUUUGCAGAGAUGGAGCUGUGUGAAAUAUUAUACAACAAGGCUGAAUACAUCGAGACGGCAUCAGGGAACAAAGUCAGCAGACAGUCGGUUCUUUGUGGCAGUCAAAACAUAGUUCUCAAUGGAAAAACCAUCGUGAUGAAUGACUGUAUCAUCAGAGGAGAUCUCGCUAAUGUCAGAGUCGGGCGCCACUGUGUCAUUAAAAGUCGCAGUGUGAUCAGACCUCCGUUCAAGAAAUUCAGCAAAGGCGUGGCUUUCUUCCCCUUGCACAUUGGGGAUCAUGUGUUCAUCGAGGAGGACUGUGUGGUCAACGCUGCACAGAUAGGAUCAUAUGUCCACAUUGGCAAGAACUGUGUUAUUGGUCGGCGCUGUGUUUUGAAGGACUGCUGUAAGAUACUGGAUAAUACUGUCCUUCCUCCAGAGACAGUGGUUCCUCCGUUUACAGUAUUCUCUGGCUGUCCAGGUCUAUUUUCAGGAGAGCUCCCUGAAUGUACACAGGAACUGAUGAUAGACGUUACCAAGAGCUACUACCAGAAAUUCCUCCCUCUCAGCCAGAUCUAGGACUGACCUUUAGUUUGGGUCUUGCUCACUUUCAUUCUGGGACCAAAGGAACCAAUGUGGACUAAUAUUCCCAAUCAUCUCUUUAGCUUUAAAUAGGGGUACACAAUAAAUAUCGGCCGAUAAUUAAUGUGCAUCUCGUCAGUAAAGCCAGUUCUGUGAUCAGCGGUAAAUUCCAUCAGGUGCAUGAUUUCACAUAGAGCAGCUGUUACUACACAGAGCCAUUGUUAAAUGACAAGCUGCACAGCUUAAUUAUCGGCCAAUAUUUAUCGUGUACCCCUAGCUCUAAGCUACAGUAGUAAAUAUCGAACAACAAAGAAAUACCACUAUCAGUGUGUUCAAAGUUGUAUCCCCUUGCAGUAAAAAUCAAAUGUUAAUAUAGAAAAUCAAAUUAUAAAAUAAGUGACUU